AAGAGGAAGUGGAGAGGGAUUUUUCUCCCUGUGUUUAUCCUUGAGGGCUGUGAUGAGCGUGGACCUUUGAAAUUCAUUUGUGGCUGGGGAGAUUGUGAAGCGGUGGUGAGCUUCUACAGAGGGAGACAUAAGAAUUCUCUCCCUCUGCUACAGCUGCUUGGCUCGACACCAUGGGUUCGAAGUCAGACCCGCUGCAAGGAUCCAGGUGCUGCGUUUACACCAGUCUCUGGGAUUUUAAAGCUAUGACGGAGACUGAAUUAAGCUUCCAGGCGGGAGAUCUUUUCCAGGUGAUCGAGAAGAAAGGAGACUGGUGGUGGGUCCAGAGGUUGGGCAUCUCCGGCAGGGGGUUCGAGGAAGGUUAUGUACCUUACAACUAUUUGGCCAAACAAGAGACCAUGGAGGCGGAACCCUGGUUUUUUGGGCAGAUCUCCCGUUCUGAAACGGUGCAUCGGCUGAUGUCAGAAGAGAAUAAAACCGGGGCCUUCCUGAUCCGUAUCAGUGAGAAAAGGGGGGCUGAGUAUGUGCUGUCAGUCCGAGAUGACUCACUGGUGAGACACUACAAGAUCUUGCACAACGGCCAGGGGAAUUUCUACAUGAACGCGACCCGGUCCUUUCCGGAUCUGCUUUCCCUCAUUGAGUAUUACAAAGAGAAGGGGCUCACUCACGGCCUGAAGCUGAAGAUCCCUUGCUACAAGCAAGAACCCACGGCGAUGCCGCACUGGGAUGACUGGGAAAGGCCAAAGGAAGAGUUCCGUCUGAUCCGAAAGCUGGGCGCAGGAUAUUUCGGAGAAGUCUAUGAAGGGUACUGGAAGGAGAAAGUCAGAGUUGCAAUCAAAGUUCUCCCCAGAGCUGACCUGACAUACCAGGACAUGUUCAAAAACGAAAUUGAGGCUAUGAAGAAGCUGCGGCACAAGCACAUCCUCUCCCUCUACGCCAUGUCUUCUGUCGGGGAUCCUGUGUACAUCAUCACAGAGAUCAUGAGCAAAGGGAACCUGCUGGAACUGCUCCGAGCUUCGGAAGGGCAGCGGCUGCAAAUGACAGAGCUGGUUGACAUGGCAUCUCAGGUGGCCGACGGGAUGUGCUACUUAGAGUCGCAGAAUUUCAUUCACCGAGAUCUGGCUGCCAGGAACAUCCUGGUUGGAGAAAACAACAUCUGCAAAGUCGGGGAUUUUGGGAUGGCCAGGCUGAUCAAGGAUGACGUUUAUCUUUCUUACUCCCAUAAUAUUCCCUACAAAUGGACUGCACCAGAAGCACUUUCCCAUGGACGCUAUUCCAUCAAAUCUGACGUCUGGUCAUUUGGAAUCCUUCUCUACGAAAUUGUGACCCGUGGCCAGAACCCAUAUCCAGGUAUGACCAACGGUGAAGUUUUCAAGCACGUCCAAACCGGCUUCAAGAUGCACUGCCCCUACAAGUGUCCCCCUAUGAUGUACAGUAUCAUGUGUAAGUGCUGGAAAAUUAACCCAAAUGAAAGGCCGGACUUCAAGCAUCUCACAGGGCUGCUACAGAGUUUCACCAACUAUGAGAAUCCUGAAUGAAAAGACCCUCUGCUUCCUCUCUGCUCCUCCUUUAAAAUCCUGUAACAGGUUUGACAUGAAAAGGAGACUUCUAUCGUAUUGAAACUCACAUACAUUUAAAGGAUAGGUGGGAUGCCGUGACAAUACUGUCUCCAGGGAUGGAAAUAGAGCAUUAAUGGCAUUUGCCCGAUUUGUAUUGCACAUUGCAACACAAUAUAAAUUGUGCGCUCACAAAGAUCCAUGGAUGUUCACUUGGAUAUAGAAGCAAUCAUGCAUGAGGAAGGAGAAACCCACGUACCAUGUUUUCUGUUUGUGUCACUGGAUUAGGAAGCCUAAGGAAGGCCCAAAGGACAGCAGCCCUCUGGAAGACAGAGGCUGUGUUCUCAAGACAAACCUGAAUGGAUCUGUGUUUUUCCCACAUUGCAGUUCCGAGCGGCAACAUUAGGCAAUCUUCACGCUCAGAUUUGGACUUUUUCACAUUGGUUUUAGAGUUCCAGAGGGACCAUGCCCCCAGCAGGAGACUUUGGAUGCUGUAUUUCUCACGGAGAUCCCUGAUUGAUUAUAACAUGCUCCUUUUGGAGAGCGCCUGUGCAGAGAGGAACAGCAAAAUGUACGCCAAACAGAUCAUUUAGAUCAAAUCGCCACACUUCAAGGGACUUUCGUUACCAUUAAAAAAAUGUGUC